CUGAGAAGGAUCUGGAGAAGUUAAUCGAGCUGAUAAAUCGCCUCCACGAUGCAAGUCACAGGGAAAAGAUGACGUUUGUGGAGCCAAAGAGUUUCCAGCAUCACCAUUACACUGAGCUGACCUCGUUCCUGCAGGACUAUAAUAAACGCUGUCCUGACAUCACAAGGCUGUAUUCUGUGGGCAAGUCUGUGCAGGGGAGAGAACUGUGGGUGAUUGAAAUCUCGGAUAACCCAGGCAUUCAUGAACCAGGAGAGCCUGAGUUUAAAUACAUCGGAAACAUGCAUGGAAAUGAAGUGGUAGGUCGCGAGAUGUUACUUCUGCUAGUGGAGUUACUCUGCGAGAACUACGGUAAAAACGACCUUUUGACCUUGAUGGUUGACAACAUUCGUAUCCAUAUCAUGCCCACCAUGAAUCCAGAUGGCUAUGAGAGAUCACAUGAAGGUGACAAGGGCGGAUUAACCGGCAGGGCGAACUUCAAUAAUGUCGACCUUAAUCGUAACUUUCCUGACCAGUUUCACAACACUCAAGAGAACCGCGAUCAGCAGCCGGAGACAAUUGCGGUCAUGAACUGGGUGAAGAGUCUGCCGUUUGUCUUGUCAGCAAAUCUUCAUGGGGGGUCCCUUGUGGCGAACUUCCCCUAUGAUGACACGGCAGGUGGCAUGUCCAUAUACAGCAAGUGCCCCGAUGAUGCCACAUUCCAUGCCCUGGCAGAGUCUUACUCUCUGGCUCACUCAACGAUGCAUGAAGGACAUCCAUGUCCGAGCAUGUUCCACUCUGAGUACUUCAAGGACGGGGUGACCAAUGGAGCAGCCUGGUACAGUGUGGCAGGUGGUAUGCAGGAUUGGAAUUACCUUAACACAAACUGUUUUGAGAUCACAAUUGAACUGGGCUGUGUCAAAUUCCCCAUGGCUGAAAAGCUACCUCAGUUCUGGUCUGCCAACAAGUAUGCUUUACUGGUCUACAUGGCACAGGUACACAAAGGUGUGAAUGGGUUUGUCACUGACAAGGCUACAGGUAAAGGUCUGGCCAACGCCACUAUUUCCGUGACUGAUAUAGAUCAUGACGUUUACUCUGCUAAGGAUGGAGAUUACUGGAGAUUGCUCUCCCCUGGCACCUACACCAUCAAGGCAUCCGCAAAAGGGUACAGAUCCCAAAGUUUGGUUGUCCAGGUUACCGGAGGCCUGGCUGCUCAUCUCAGCUUCUCUCUAGAAAAAGAAGACUUCACCAAAUUUGUACAGCAGUUUGAUUUUGGGCUGACAGAAAACGUGGAAAAUCCAAAGUACCAUGGGGUCUCAAAAGUCACAGAAGAACUUGAGAAAUUAAAGGGAGAUAACCCAAAUUUGCUCGAUGUGGAGACGUUUACGAGUGAAUCUGGAGCUGUUUUGGGUGUUCAUUUGUCCGCCAAUUGGUCCCAGCACGAAGGUGAUGAGCCACACGUGGCUCUGAUUGGAUCGCUGUAUGAAGAUCAGCCAAUCGGAAAUGAGAUGCUGCUGAGGUUAACUCGACAUUUAGUAAGAGGCUACAAGUCUGACCAUGAUGUGCGGUCACUGUUGACUGACUCCCACUUCCAUCUGUUUAUGAUUUAUCAUAGUGGUCAGUUCCAGCCAGGCGACUGUAGUGGUAAGAACUACAAAGGGCCAAGGUGGUCUGACCAGGAAGGACUGGACUUUGGCACAUCUGAGGACUUUGUCCUACAGACUUUGACCACACAGUUUGAGAAGCACAAGUUCAAUCUUGCCAUCAGUAUAGAAUCUGGUGGUCUAUAUGUCAGGCUGCCUUUAGAUGAGUUUAGAAAGAGUCCUAUAACUGGGAAGUCAACAUCACAGACUGAGGAUGAUGAGGAAUUCAUGAUGUUGGGUGGUGCUUUCAUAAAGGACCAUUCUCCUCUCCACGCUGAAGAUCAGUGUGAAGCAGCUGUUAAAAGGGGGAUAAUCCAUGGUGCAGAUUUCCACCACAAGGGGCCUUCUUUCCAGGACUAUGUUUAUGAUACCUACCAGUCUAUGAUGGUCACCGCUCACAUAAGCUGCUGUAAGGCUCCUGUGCAGAAUGAUCUCCCGUCGCUAUGGAAACAGAAUCUAAAACCCUUCAUGGAUGUGCUGAAGCUAACAAAGCAAGGUGUGAUGGGCCAGGUGACUGAUCAGUCAGGUAAACCAAUCAGCGGUCUACAGGUGAGAAUUGAGGGUCGUCAGAACACCAUACCUGUGUCGGAGUCAGGUCACUUCUACAAGCUACUGAGGGAGGGUAGCCACAUGAUAACGAUCAGUGCCCCAGGUUAUGAGAGCAUGACCCUCAGAGGUGAAGUGCGGAAAGGUGGAAGGUCAAAGAUCAUGGCUAAGCUACAGCAGGAAGUUUCUAAUCUGUCCUACCACAGUUACGGGCAGGUGGAGACAUUGCUCAAAGACGUCACGCAGAAACACAGCUCUGUAGCUAAACUGAUCAGCAUUGGAGAGUCUGCCCAAGGGAAGAAACUCUAUGUAGUUGAGGUCAGUGAUGAUGUGAAGUUAGCUGAUCAGAAGCCCAAACCAGAGAUUCUCUUUGUGGCUAGUAUCCAUGGUAAUGAAGGCAUCGGCAAAGAGCUGUUGAUUGAGUUCUUGAAGCACUUGUGUGAAAACAAAGAUGACUAUAAGACGUCAGAGAUGUUGAAGUCUGUCAGGAUCCUUAUACUUCCUGUGCUUAAUCCUGAUGGGGUUGCCAUGGCGACUAAUGAACAAUGUGACGCUAAAGAGGGAGAACUGAACAGUAACCUGGUGGAUCUGGACACUAAUUUUGAAAGUCAUUCUGUAAACAGAAGUGGUCGUCCUGAGCCUGAAGUAAAAGCACUCUCUGACUUCAUACGUAAACGACCUUUGACCCUCACCGUGGAGUUGAGGGGAGGUCACCGUGUAGUGGCGUGGCCCUACACCAAGGCUGGUGCUGUUGGCAUUCUGGAGGAGUCUGAACGCUCCACCCUGAAGGAACUGGCUCAGAUCUAUAACAACACGCUAUCUGUACAACAGGGACUCAGAGCUGACUGCCAGAAGACAGGUGAGCACUAUCCAGGUGGGAUAACUCUAGCUGCCAAUCUCAACAGCCAUGAUGGGAGUUUGUUGGACUUCUGUCAGGACUACAGCUCUGGGUUAGCCAUUACAGUGUACACAGGCUGCUGUAAAUCACCGCCCAGCAACCAGCUGGUAGCCCUGUGGAGGGAAAACAGACCAUCACUGGUUGCCAUGGUGAACAAGGCUGCUAACACAAUGGAGGGCCACAUACUAGACUCAUUGAGCAAGCAGCCGAUAGAGGGCGCCACUGUUCACCUGAGCGGGUUCUCUAAGGUCCAGGUGACGGGGGCUCAUGGGGAAUUCUGGCAGUAUGCGGUACCGGCCAAGUACACCAUAGUGGUGAAGAAGGAGGGAUUUACUACUGCCACAGAGGUGAUAGAUGUGUUUGACAAGUCCACACCUGUUACAAUCUACCUCCACAAGAAGGAAGGGAUGUUGUUCGGGAUGCCCUCUAUUGGUGCUCUUAUGCUUACAGCUGGAGCACUGGCGCUGGUGUUCGCCAUGGUAACCAUCCUGUGUUGUUAUUACUGCUCACGCACGAGUCGCUACAAGAACCAAGGCUUCCACCAGCUUCCUAACGGCGGUUACCAAGACGACGAGCCAGACGACUUUAUCAUUCGGAAUGGUGGGAAGACGAAAAAUGUAGCAGAACGAGAGUACCGCGAUUUUAGCUCAUCUGAUGAAGAAGCAGAACUUUACAAUUCAAAACUGUUGAAGCGAUGACAAACAGGUCUUGGAAUGUUUUUUAGCAAUAUCCUGAUCAUAGUAUGGUGUGCCAGAGUUGGGAUGGGUAGUGUGAGUUUAUUUUUUAAAGAGACUGUAUCACAGAUUUCUGUAGGAAUUUUAAAGAGUUUAAUUUCAGUGAAUUAUUUGCACUUUUCUAAGGUCACCUAAGCUUUGUCAUUUUAACAGAUGUGUUGGGCUGAAAUUAGAAAUUUCAGGAAAAUCUGACAUUUUGCACAUCCUUAUUAAAGGCUUGACAGGCUAUCACUUUUCAGU